CACCCCAGACCCUUCCCCAGGAAGCUGCUAUCCUGUGGGGUGUGUCCUGGCUCCAGGACCCCCAUACUGUGGAGGCCCACCUCGUGCAUGCAUCUCAUGUCUGCCCAUUCUUCACAAAGGAUCGAGGCUCGGGUUAUGUAUGAUUUUGCUGCUGAACCUGGAAAUAAUGAACUGACGGUUAAUGAAGGAGAAAUCAUCACAAUUACAAAUCCAGAUGUUGGUGGAGGAUGGCUAGAAGGAAGAAACAGCAAAGGAGAACGAGGCCUUGUUCCCACAGACUAUGUUGAAAUUUUGCCCGGUGAUGGAAAAGAUCCGUUUUCUUGUGGAAAUUCAGUGGCUGACCAAGCCUUCCUCGAUUCUCUCUCAGCAAGUACAGCUCAGGGUAACUCGUCAGCUGCCAACAGCAACAAUCAGGUCAGCAGUGGCGGUGACCCCUGGUCAGCCUGGAGCGCCUCCAAAUCUGGAAACUGGGACAGCACGGACGGCUGGGGGGCCAAGCCAGAGGGGACUGCAGCCCAAAGAAACACUUCAAAUAACUGGGACACCGCCUUUGGUCAUCCUCAGGCCUACCAAGGACCAGCAACUGGUGAUGAUGAUGACUGGGAUGAAGACUGGGACGACCCCAAGUCGUCUUCCCCCUACUUCAAGGAUUCAGAGGCGGCCGAGGCAGGAGGUGUUCAGCGUGGAAAUAGCCGUGCUGGCUCCUCGUCCAUGAAGCUGCCUCUCAACAAAUUUCCGGGAUUUGCAAAACCUGGGAUGGAACAAUAUUUGUUGGCUAAGCAACUAGCAAAACCCAAAGAGAAAAUUCCUAUCAUCGUUGGAGAUUAUGGCCCAAUGUGGGUUUAUCCUACCUCUACCUUUGACUGUGUGGUAGCAGAUCCCAGGAAAGGUUCCAAAAUGUAUGGGCUGAAGAGCUACAUUGAAUAUCAGCUAACACCCACUAAUACUAAUCGAUCUGUAAACCACAGGUAUAAGCACUUUGACUGGUUAUAUGAACGUCUCCUGGUAAAGUUUGGGUCAGCCAUUCCAAUCCCUUCUCUUCCAGACAAGCAAGUCACAGGUCGCUUUGAAGAAGAAUUCAUCAAAAUGCGCAUGGAGAGACUUCAGGCGUGGAUGACCAGGAUGUGUCGGCACCCGGUGAUUUCAGAAAGUGAGCUUUUCCAGCAGUUUCUAAGUUUCCGAGAUGAAAAGGAAUGGAAAACUGGGAAGAGGAAGGCCGAGAAAGAUGAGCUGGUGGGAGUUAUGAUAUUCUCCACCAUGGAACCAGAGGCCCCUGACUUGGACUUAAUAGAAAUCGAACAGAAGUGCGAUGCUGUCGGCAAGUUCACGAAAGCCAUGGAUGACGGCGUGAAGGAGCUGCUGACCGUGGGGCAGGAGCACUGGAAACGCUGCACAGGACCGUUACCCAAGGAGUAUCAGAAGAUAGGAAAGGCCCUGCAGAGCCUAGCGACAGUGUUCAGUUCCAGCGGUUAUCAAGGUGAAACAGAUCUCAAUGAUGCAAUAACAGAAGCAGGAAAGACUUACGAAGAAAUUGCCAGUCUCGUGGCAGAACAGCCAAAGAAAGAUCUCCAUUUCCUGAUGGAGUGUAAUCAUGAGUACAAGGGCUUCCUUGGCUGCUUCCCGGACAUUAUUGGCGCUCACAAGGGAGCAAUAGAAAAAGUAAAAGAAAGCGAUAAACUAGUUGCAACUAGCAAAAUCACUCCCCAGGACAAACAGAACAUGGUGAAACGUGUGGGCACCAUGUCUUACGCAUUACAAGCGGAGAUGAAUCACUUUCACAGUAACCGGAUCUACGACUACAACAGUGUCAUCCGCCUGUACCUGGAGCAGCAGGUCCAGUUCUACGAAACGAUCGCAGAGAAGCUGAGGCAGGCCCUCGGCCGCUUCCCCGUCAUGUAGAGCGGACGGCGCGAAGAGAACGCCGGAGUGCUUCCUCCUGACUGGGCCGAUGCAAUUUAACUCCUUUCCUCCCACCAUCCAGAAGAGAAAGAAAGAAAACCAAAAAGAAAUAGAGUUGCAAAAAAUUACAUUUACUUUAUUACUAGCCUAAAUGCAUCAGAUACAUAGUCUUCUUUUGUUCAUUUCUACAGCCAUUAUUUAAACCAGUGGAAAUUGUCUCUAUUUUUUGAAAGUACUUAAAAUCACUAGAAUUUUCCAUGGAAAAUUAGAGGUUUCCCCUGAUAUUUUACAUAAAAUUUUGAUUUUUAAGACACCCACAAUCUUCCAGUUCUUACCCAGGGUCGGAUAAUUACUAAUUGCUUUCUUAAAAAUAUGAAAUACGCCAGAAUAAAAAAAAAUAUAUGUUUGUAUAUAUUUUUAUAAUUCUUCUCAGUGCUUUGGGAUUCCUGCCCAGUUAGGAAAACCACCUUGCCUUUGACACCCUCGUGACCCGAGAGCUGGCGCCCCCGGGCAGGAAGCACAGGCCUGGGCGUCCCUUAGAGGCUGCGGCUUGCCCAGGACCAGCCCCCGGCUCCCUGCCCGCCCCGGGAGUGGGCUUGGAGCUCUGCCAGCCCGGAGGAGUGCGCUCUCCCCUCGCCUGCCUUCCGCGCGGGGCAGCUUCGUCCUGGAAAGAUUGUGUGGGAGACGUUGGGGACAUUUUCCAGUGCUCUGACUGCUGACCCGUGCCCAGGAGGAGUGCUCGCGGGCAGGUGGGGCAGACAUGCUCCUCCAGGGCUUUUUACCCGUUUCUGGUCUUCAGCCGCCUGGUCAGACAGAACGAGCAAUGAGAGCAGGAUGGGCCACUCCAUGUGGGUUUGGGCCAGUGGGUGUUACCUGAAACAUGAAAGCUCCAUAGACCGCUCCCCACCCAGUGGAGGGGCUGGGCCUGGGAGGGUGCCGCCUGCGGGUGUGCUGGCCCCAGAGCUGGCCCCGCUGAGAAAACCAGAGCAGUGUCCUUCCUGACCCCUGACUUCAGAAGGAGCUUUCCCGGCCAGGCCACCAGCGCUUCCGCUAGCGGCACAAAGCAAAGCAGAACCUGCGCACCACGCUGUAGGCUGAGCCCUUCACAGCCCCUGUCUUACCCCAGGGCGAGUCAUACCCCAUUGCCUUACCGCCGUGACCUUCACUGCUUUCUCUUUCUGACCUGAUCACUAAAGUACAGAAAAUGCAAAGUUUGGGCCAGCACAAAUAAAGUGAAACCAAAAAAUAAGUAGAAGAGGAAAUCAGAGGAACAUGAAUGAGAAUUUCUUGUUCUUCAGUAUCACGGGUUUUUGUUAAUGUUUUAUAAGUAAUUUUCCCUUGAUUUUUCUUUUAUAAAAUCUCAUAGAACAGUGUUUAUGAUAUAGCCAUUUAAUAUAUGUACAA